AUGGCGCUGCUUUACAUUCUUGGUAGCACGGCCCAACUAACCUACCUACCUACUACCUACCUCCUACCGACGUUUAACGACUGGAAAAAGAAAACCUCGUUACCACCCACUCCUUGCCCGAGACGCAUGUCAUCGAUUCGUGCAAUACUCUUUUGGUUUUGCUUCUGUGCGCCGCUGUCGUGCACACCAAGUCUUGCUCUGGCUGCAUCCUCGCUGCAAGCCCUGUCUGGUCCUGACCAGCAGACGACGCUACCGACUCUGUGGCCGACGCUUCCUCCAUCGACAGUUAUUCAUGGACUGCUCGUGCUUUUGAGCGCCAACCUCUCGUCUGCUUUGGGUUUGCAGUUGCAUGUCGCUGAACAGCACCAAAGCUCGCCAACGGAGCCGACUCUCACAUCAUAUACAUAUAUAAAUACCCACCACCGGAAUGGCCACCACUCUGCCCCGCCCAUCGCGGCCGUCAAACGGGCCGCCAAACAUGGCCCUCCCGGCAUUGCCAGAAUUCCUCGGCCGUUUGGCGCAAUCACCAACCCCACAACACCUCGUAGCGGCCUUCGUGCGCCGUCUAUGAACUUGAAUUCACCGACGCCAGCUCCGACGACCACGCUGCCCCAGCUAAAGGGACUUGCCACGCCCGUAAACGGUGCCGGCAAGACUUUGAGGAAGAGUGUUAGCAUUCACUCUUUUCCUCACCCUCCCCGCGGAGAACAGCGAUCCAGCAGUCUUCCUCCUAGCCCCUUGGCCAACGAAAAGACAUCUCGAGGCCCUCGCAAGUCGAAGCUGCCGAAAGACUUGGCAUCUCAGAGCCCAUACGCACCCACCACACCUAGCCUGCUCAACGGCAGCGGCGAGGGCAAAUCGAUCCGCAUGUCCGACGGCCUCAUUAGUAUUGGAUCGCCGACGCAGAGCCGUAGCUCCUCGGCUCAGGACUCAUAUUCAACAUCUGCCACCACAUACGACGAUCCAAUGGAGACGUCAAAUCAAAAGCCAGAGGAUGGUGCCUCUACCCUCGAAAGCUCAACGGCCUCUGAGAAGCGAUCGUCCAAAUCCGAGGGCAAGGGCAACGUUGUUGUCAGCGUUCGCGUCCGUCCUGACGCCUCUGGAAAGGACCAGAAUCCCGAGGGGGAAUGGAUGGUGGAUGGACGCAAAUCUUUGAUAUCAUAUAAAGGAAAAGAAGGAGGAGACCAUACUUACGACAAUGUAUUUACCACUCACGAUAACAACUCCCGAGUAUACGACCACAUCGCAAAACGUCUUGUACGACGCGUCAUGGAGGGCUACCACGGAACUGUAUUUGCCUACGGCAUGACCGGAACAGGCAAAACCUUUUCCAUGCAGGGCACCGCCACGCAUCCCGGUGUGAUUCCCCUGGCCAUUACCGACAUUUUCUCCUAUAUCCGUGAAACUCCCUCGCGCGAGUUUCUCCUCCGAGUGAGCUACUUGGAGAUAUACAACGAGAGGAUUCACGACUUGUUGAGCAUGCCAGCAGGUGGUGGCGAACAAGAGGAAAUCAAGCUGCGAGAAGACAGCAAGCGCGGCGUGUAUGCUACACCGUUGAAGGAGGAGAUUGUGCAGAGCCCUACGCAGUUGCUAAGAGUUAUUGCUCGAGGCGACCAGGCCCGCCGAACAGCUAGCACGCAGUUCAACGCCCGCAGUUCGCGAAGUCAUGCUGUCGUGCAAAUUGUCGUCGAAAGCCGUCAGCGCCUGCCCGGCUCUGCCUCUGAGAGUCAUAAGCGCUCUGGGAUCCCUCCUGGCGGUGUACGUGUCUCAACGCUGAGCCUCAUUGAUCUUGCUGGUUCGGAAAAGGCCGCCGAAUCCAAGGAGCGGCGGCAGGAAGGUGCGCACAUUAACAAGAGCCUUCUCACUUUGGGAACUGUUAUUGCCAAGCUCUCGGAGUGGAAGGACAAAGAAGGCAAAGGCAGUGACAAGGACGGCAAGCAUCUGCCGUACCGCGACUCGAAGCUGACGAGAUUGCUGCAGGGUGCACUUGCUGGUAACUCGUUAGUCAGUAUUCUCUGUACCAUUCAGAUUGGAGCAGCCAAUAGUGCAGCAGCCGCCAACAGCCAUACAACGGAGACUCUGAACACGCUCAAAUUCGCGAGCAGAGCAAAGAACAGCAUCGUAAGCCAUGCCAAGAAGGCAGAAGAGGCUCUUGGUUCUGGAGGCGAAGGUGGUGCUAGAGUGUUACUGGAGCGUUACCGCAUGGAAAUUGUGGAUCUUCGACAGCAGCUGGAAGCGCAAUCCAAGAAGAAGAGGAAGCAGGGCAAGGGCGAUGAGGAUACCACGGAAAGAGACCGUGAUGAGGAGCAAGAGAGAGUAUUUGAGAUUGAGGCCGCCGAGAGACGUGAGGAGCAGAUGCUGGAGAUGCAGCUCGCGCGCACAGCCCUCAAAGAACGUAUCGACCACCUCAACCGUCUCAUUUUGAGCUCGAAAUCGAUUGGAGUGAACUCGAGUGGCUCGCUGAGUUCGCUUAGCCAGUAUGCCAGAUUCUCCCAACUGUCUCUGACGGGGUCCGUUCGAUCGUCCAUGACGACACCAAGCGGCGGACGCGACUCGUUUGGAGGUCGAGAGUCUCUAGGUGGACGCGAUUCCUUCGCAGGGCGUGACUCGCUCGGCGGACGUGAAUCUUUGCUUGAUCGUACGACGUCGGUUACUUCAUCAUCGACGAUAGGAAGACGCUCGAACGGAGUGCAGAGACUGAGCGGCGAUGGUGUGACGGAGGAAGAUAGUAUGGGCGAGUUUGGAGAUGGCAAUGCGUCGCUUACGGCCCAGAACCAUGCACUUCAGGCGGAUUUGGCGGACAAGAACCGGUACAUUGCGACCCUGGAGAAGCGACUGCUCCAAGCUCGUCGUGCGAGCUCGUCAAGAACGUCGGUGGGUCUGUCAGCACCGAACAAGGGCAUCAUGGUCGGAGAAGAUCACAGCGUGUCGGCGGUGCUCCGAGAGAAGGACUCUGAAAUCGCAGAUCUUCGAGCCAGGCUUGAUGACAAGGACCGCAUGCUGGCAGCUCUGCGCAGCGCAGCACGGUCACGCGAUACGGCUGAUGCAUCUGCCGAGGUACGAUUCUCAAACCCCGAGGUAGAAAGAGUCGCGACGGAGCAAACGCCGACGAAAAGUCAGGGCCGACGGACGAAGAGCGUGGAUGAAAUGAAUAAGAUGCUGGAGGAGAUGAUCCAAGACCGGGUGGAGAGCGGGCAGAUUGUUAGAGGCAUGCGAGGCAGCGUGCGACUACCACCCGGGACGAAGUUGGAUGUCAUGGGAGAGGAGUCUAAGUAUCUGGAGCCUCUCCGCCAGACACCGUCUCCGAUUGAGGCAGUGCCGAGAGUGCCCACGGGUCCAGGUGUUGGCGAGGCCCUGUGA